AUGAUGGGUGACACGGCCACGUCGAUGCUCAUGGCCAGCAUCGAUUUCAGCACCCUGCUGCUAUGCUCGCUUUUGCUGGCUGUAUUUUCUUAUGUCUUUCUCUUCCAUUCACGGGCAGUACGCGACAGACCAUGGGCCCUCGUCUUCCCCGCUGUGCUGGCGGCCGCUUGCGUUGCCUGGUCUCGCGUCGUCUCCCGAGAGGUUCCCGAGCCGUACCUUGAUGAGGUGUUCCACAUUCCGCAGGCUCAAAAAUACUGCGAGGGCAAGUUUCGCGAGUGGGACGACAAAAUCACGACACCCCCGGGGCUGUACCUGUUCUCGAUAUCGCUCUUGCAGAUGACCAGUUGGCUCGGCUUGGACGGUGCAUCUCGCUGCGAUGCCGUGAGCCUUCGCGUAGGCAAUGCUGCCGGCCUGUUCGCCCUGGUGUACCUGGCGCUGCUCUGUCGCCGAGAGAUCGAGGCACAGCUAUAUGGAGCAUUCUCACGAUCGCUAUCACGUCCAUACUCGGCCUACGCGUUACAUACCGCGUUCAACAUUGCAUUGUUUCCGCUCUUAUUCUUCUUCUCGGGCCUCUACUACACAGACGUGCUCUCUACGGCCGUCGUCGUCGGCGCGUUUCUCAAUCACCUGAAACGCGUGGCGCAAGACAGGAGCUCCUUUACAAGCGACCUCUGCACAGUCGCAAUUGGACUACUGGCCUUGUUGAUGCGACAGACGAAUGUGUUCUGGAUCGUCGUUUUCAUGGGCGGCCUGGAGGCUGUUCACGCCGUGAAGACGCUCCGACCAGAACGAGCAGAUCAACCCUUCAUGACGACGCUUGGGGAUCAAAUCAAGUACUUUGCCUGGCGAUAUUCGGUCGGCGAUAUUCAUGAUCUGCCGCUCCGCCAUGCGUGGCACGAUGAUAUGUUGUACACGGCAAUCAGUCUCGUGAUUGCGGCCCUCUGCAAUCCGUUGCGCAUUAUGCGGCAGGUGUGGCCGUACGUUAUGGUUCUCGUCGUCUUCGCCGUUUUUGUGGCCUGGAACGGCGGUGUCGUCCUCGGUGACAAGUCGAAUCAUGUGGCGACACUUCAUCUGGCACAGAUGCUCUAUAUCUGGCCGUUUUUUGCCUUCUUCUCACUGCCGCUGCUCCUACCAUCUGUCGUUUCUCUCCUGUGUGCGCUCCAUAUCGGGGUGAAGUCACAACGGCCACAGCCGCAGUCCACGGUCCAUGUUCCAAGCGGGCCUCGAGAUAGGCCAUUCAACAUCUCCGCAUCGAGUAUCAGCAAGACAUCGCCUCGAGAUGACGGCACGAGGCCUUCACCUAUUGCAGCAAAGCAGUCCAAAGUAUCCCUCGCACUGGGCAUCGCCGAAGGUUUCAAGUUGUUGUCGUGGCCUCUGUAUCUUUUCGGAACGGUGGUACUCGCGGGACUCAUAGUCCGCUUCAACACCAUCAUCCACCCGUUCACGCUAGCAGACAAUCGCCAUUACAUGUUCUACGUCUUCCGGUACACCAUUCGGCGUGCGGGCUGGAUCCGGUACGCCCUCGUGUUCGCGUACACAGUUAGCCGAUGGAUGGUCUGGGGCACUCUGGCCGGGUACAGCGGCUUGUCCCCUGCCCCCGCUACGGUGCCAGAUGACAGCCCGUAUCUGAGCCAUCCGUUUUGGAUCGCCUAUAGUGAGAAGAGGCAGACCAAGGCUAGGUACCCGGCGACGUCGCUAGCCGAUGGCCGCACAGCGGAGGACUCUCAGUCACAGCGGCAACUUGCGGACGACCCUUUGCGCUACUCGGCAAACACCGCGUCGACGUCGACGGGCUUGCUGUUUCUGCUCGCGACAUCUCUGUCGCUCGUUACGGCGCCUCUAGUAGAGCCCAGGUACUUCAUCAUUCCAUGGGUAGUGUGGAGGCUCUUUGUCCCUGCUUGGAGGCUGCCCGAUCAUCUGCUCGUCAGCGGCGUGUAUACGUUGACGGGCAGAGCCGCUCGGAUCUUUACACGGUAUGAUGUCCGUCUGGUCUUGGAGACUGUGUGGUUUGCGGCGGUAAACCUGGCGACGUGCUACAUCUUCAUUGCAAAGCCAUAUGUAUGGCGUGCCGAGGACGGGACGGCGCUAGACGACGGGCGCCUGCAGCGGUUCAUGUGGUAGUCGAUGAUCGGGCGUCAAGCAAGAGCUAUGCCCACAGCAUCACAAGGAAUAGCGCCGUGGUGCAAAACGGACGUCGUAUUUUGACGAUAGAUACAUACACGUAGUUCCCUUCCCUUUACCCUGUCCCGUGCUGGCACGCGUGAGCGUGAAAAAGAAGCCGCUGCGCCGGAAAGAUGUCCC